AUGGCAAACCUGGAACCAAGGCUCAAGAAUGCCCCCUAUUUUCGUUGUGAGAAGGGAAACGAUUCGGUCCCUUUGUGCCAGAAGUGUGAAACAUGUAUCUUAGCCUGGAAGAUCUUUUCUACCAAAGAGUGGUUCCGAAGGAUCAGCAGCAUGUCGCAGAGGAGGUUUCUAGUUAGCAUUCUGGAACAGUUAAACAGCUUGUACUUGUUAAACUACUUCCAAAAUAUCCUUCAGACUACCCAGGGAAAGGAUUUCAUCUAUAACAGGUCCCGGAUCAAUCUCAGGAUGGAGGGGAAAGCGAAAUCCUCCUUGAACCAAAUGUUGGAUAAAACUGCGGAAGAAAAGUUGAGUGAGAUCUUGUACUGGUUUGGCAAUAGCACCCACCAGACGAAGGCAAAUUACACUCUUUUGCUGCUGCAGAUGUGUGACACCAAGUUACUGCUCAUGGCUGCCGAUGUGAUCAGAGUCCUGUUUCUGAGAGAGUGGAACAAUAUCUCAGCGCUUAGUCAAGACUCUGCCCAUGUGAGUUUUUUCCCUGAGAAAGGCUACGACCCCAAGUCUAAGACUUCACAUAUCUUCUGGGCAGCUAAACUCAAGCCCACAUCUUUCCCGUUGUCUAAAGCCCCAGGAAAUAAAACAGUGCCUGAAAAGCUGGAGAGAGAAGCAUCACAUACUGAGGGACAAUGGAAGAAUACACUGCAGUGUAUUUCCGAGAUGAACAGAAUGUUUUCUGGAAAAACAAUCACAUCGAGAUCAGAAGACAAUUCCUGCAAUCUGCUGAUAAACCUGGAUGAUGUCAGAGACCUGUCUUGUGGCUACAGCAGAUACCGGGACUUUAUCCGUCACCUCCCUCUCCAUCUCUCCAAGUACAUUCUAAGAAUGCUCGAUAGAAACACUCUGAACAAGUGUGCCUCUGUAAGCCAGCACUGGGCUGCGAUGGCUCAUCAGGUGAAGAUGGAGUUGAACACACAAACCUUCAUUCAGAACCAAAUUGCCCUCUUGCAGGGAUCCUACACAAAAGGAAUAGAUCCCAAUUAUGCCAACAAGCUUUCUAUCCCAGUUCCUAAAAUAGGAGAUGAUGGGAAGCGCAUGCGUACCAAAAAUCCCAAGUGGAAACUGAGAACAAAGAGUGACUACAAUCUGUGGACUGCAUACCAGAACCAGGAAACUCAACAGGUCCAGAUGGAGGAGAGAAAUGUUUUCUGUGGGACCUACAAUAUCCGCAUUCUCUCUGACACGUGGGACCAGAACAGAGUGAUCCAUUAUUCUGGGGGAGAGUUGAUAGCUGUGUCAUCUAAUAGGAAGAUCAAACUUCUUAACAUCUUAAAAAUCAAGGUUAUACCUAUUGAAUUCCAAGGCCAUGUGGGGAGUAUCCGGACUCUCUUCCUGUGUGAGGGGGAACACUUUCUCCUAAGCGGGAGUUACGACCUAAGCAUCAGAUACUGGGAUCUGAAAACUGGGGUUUGCUUACGGAUCUUCUAUGGCCACCAGGGAACAGUAACUUGCAUGGAUUUGUAUAAGAACAAACUUGUAUCUGGAGCCAGAGACUGUCAAGUGAAAGAAUGGGAUGUAGACACAGGGAAGUGCCUGAAGACAUAUAAACACAAAGACCCCAUUUUGGCUACCAGGAUCAAUGACACCUACAUCGUGAGCAGCUGUGAGCGAGGGAUCGUCAAAGUGUGGCACCUUGCCUUGGCCCAGCUGGUAAAGACUCUCACUGGGCAUGAGGGCCCUGUGAAAUGCCUGUUCUUUGACCACUGGCAUCUCCUCUCAGGAAGCACCGAUGGUCUGGUCAUGGGCUGGAGCAUGGUGGGAAAGUAUGAGCGAUGUCUGAUGGCCUUCAAGCAUCCAAAGGAGGUGCUCCAUGUGUCCCUUCACUAUCUCCGGGUCAUCAGCGCUUGCGCAGACGGCAAGAUCCGCAUUUACAAUUUUCUCAAUGGAAACUGUCUGAAGGUGAUAAAAACCAAUGCCAGAGGUGAUCCUGUGCUGUCCUUCUUUUUUCAGGGCAACAGGAUGGUGGUCAACACCGAGAGAAAUAUUCUCAUGUUCCAGUUUGAGAAUAUAAAGUGGCAGUACUCCCUGGAAAGAAGCAAACAAAGGAAGAACAAGGAUAAAGAAGAUGAAAAGGAAGAAAAUAGCCUCAUGGAUGUUCUCUCCAAGUCUAGCACUCAGGUCCACAGUCUGAGAGACUCGAUAUCCAGUAAACAAAUACUGACCCAGGAGUUCCUACCCAAUAAGUUUCACAAAUCUCGCAUCUUCCUGAGUUCAAUGAAGUUAACUUCAGCUACAUUAGUAGAGGUACCUCAAAGCCAAGGGAAGCCAAAAUCAUCCCAAAAAAAAAAAGAUGAUGUGGAAAAGGUACAAGAACAAGGAAAACUGGAAACUCGUGGAGAAUUGAUGAGCCGCUUGAAGUCAAAGUCCUGGAAAACCCCUAUUUCACCUGACCGGUUCCUCCUGACUGUCAGUGCUCUACAACGAGCCCAUAAUUCUGGGCAAUUUGCCUAUCUCCACAAGCCCCAAACCCAAGUCCUUGAUGCCUGGGGACCUUCAAUUUCAUAUCCAAGGAAGGUCCUGAAUUUCAAAGGAAAAUCAAUCCAACAUGCAGUUGAUCGCUUGAGAAUCAACAAUCAUCCCAUAGAUGUGAAACAAACUAGUCCAGAAGUCCAGAAACUGCAGCCCAACUUGAAGAAAUCUUUGCAUAGUCCCAGAUUCCUGUCCACCGUACCCCAGCCCAUGAUUAUCCGCUCUAGGUUUUCUGACAGAUUAAAGGGUGAAGAUCAAAUAACCAGUUCAAUUGAAGGGGCAGUGCCCAGUAUGGGGCCCCUGACCAGCAUGCAGGUCAUUAAGCCAAAUCAUCUGCUGGCUUCCCGACUGGGCACGGCUACCCUGUCUCUCCAGAGAGAAAGGCCUCGCUUCUACACAACCCUGGAUCCCCUUCGAAUGAACACUGAAUUCAUGCUGUUGACGGUAAAAGAGGAAAAAGAGUAUGAGGAAGCCAUGAUGAAGGAAUAUCAGGCCAGCGAACCCACAAGAGUAGAUGAUCCAGAAAAAUCCAGGAAAGCUGCAUGGAUCCAGAAGGUCAAAGGUUUGCCCAUUGAUAAUUUCAAGAAGCCAGGGAAAACAGCAGCCCCUGAACUUGGACAAAAUAUGUUUAUCUAA